ACAUUUCUAGUCAACGAAUCAGUAGCAAGAAGGUGUGAACGAAUGAGGAAAACUAACUCCAUGUGACUUCUGACAGAAGAAUUGCAGUUAGAGUAAAGCGAAACCAGGGAAAGAAGCAGCAGCUAGGAUCUGUGCAACAUACUUUUUCUUAGUGGAAGGCAAAAACAGUAGCUAAUUUCUCACUCAAUGCUGCUGUUUUAAUAGAAGAUAUGUAAAAUAGUUACUUUUUACAUGAACAAAACACAAAUUUGUUAGAUUUAUAAAACAUGUAGGAAACAUCUGAAUAUUUAAAAAUUAUGCAAAGCUGCAAGUGGCAGGAAAAUAAGCAGUUAUGUUAUUCUUAAAGCAAUGUGACUGCUUUAUAGCUGUUUAGGUGUGCUUGCUUUUUUUUCCCUUCAAUAUAGCACAAACUAUCUCCAGGGAAUUUUUUUUACAUUCUGCAUACACAAGCUUAAACAAACAUCUCGAAAUAUGAAAAUAGAAGAAACAGAUUUCUGUGAAGCGACGAUGACAACAUGCAAGAUGCAAAAUAAGGACUUGACAGCAGAAAUUGGCAAAUUAAAAAAGAAAGAGCGAAAUCGAGCCGCAGCCUACAAGAGUCGACAAAAGCACACACAGCAUGCUGACAGUCUUCACCAGGAGUAUGAGAAUCUAGAGAAAAGCAACACUGCACUGCGUAAGGAGAUUCAGAAACUACAACAAGAACAAGGAUACUGGGCUAAAAUCUUAAAGCAACAUGAGGAUACCUGCUUACUUCUUUCUCCUGAUAUCAUUUUGGAACUCCAAAAGCCAGCGCCUCUGGUUUCUCCCAAAGAAAUAAACCAAAUGUCUUUUGACUUUUAGAUAUAGUUUCAUUAUCAUUGUGCUGCAAAAUAAAAAAUAUACAAAGCAAAAAGAAGAGUGGAAAAAACACAGAAAGAAAAGUGGAAUGUAUAACAAUAAACCAAGGAUGAGCUUGCAAAAACCAAAAA